CUACCACACACUUAAACAAAACGAUAAAGUCCUAAUUGAACAACAAAUGGACAAUAAUCCACAUAGAAGAGUUCAAUCAGAGUAAAUAAUACUACUACAAAAAUUCCACACUCCAAAUCGACUAUGGCUAUUCAGAUAUGAGACCCUCGACCCCGAUUAAGCUUUCAAUACACACGAUCACCUUCAAUCAGCACUCAAUGACUGCAACCCACAAGCCAUCGGCCCCAAACACAAGAAGAACUAGCCUCUAAUCGACAAUGUUCCGGUCGGCUCGUGAGACGAAAAAGCUCGAAAGGGGGAGGGCAGGAGGGGGCGAGAUUGCUGGCCUCGGCGGAGGAAGGAGGGGAGGCCAAAAAAAUUUAGAUACGAAGCUUUUUUUUUUCCUCCUCUUCUUCUGAGAGAGAGUUCGGUUAAGGACAAAAUAGUUGUUACUUGCUUGACUAAAUUUCGUGUCAUAUUAUUGACCAACCCGUACAAAAUAUGAAAUAUACAAAAAUGACCAAUACAGUAUCACUGUUGCUGAUUUUAUCUUUCUUUUUUCCGUGAUUCCUUCUCCUCUCUACACACACAUAGCCUUGUCUCUAGCUUACACUUUGUCGCUACUGAUCACUUUCUGCACCUAUACAAGCAGGAUUCUGUGUCUACUAACCUGUGGUGGCCGCGUAGUUGCUGGUGCUUGAACCGGUGGUGGUGCCAGGAGUUCCAGUGCUUGCCUUUUUUAAGUGGACUGCGACGUGCUUGGCGGUGGUGGAUCCGGUGAGCUUGCCGAUCAAUUGUAAUGGCCACAGCUCCGAAAGAAGCAAAGAAUUCUGUUAGCUUCGCACCCACAGCCGCCGGAGAUUCAGCCGCCGCCGUCGUCCGCCGUGAGAAUGCUUCCGCGGCUGAUUGGGGCGUCCCGUCUACCGCUGAAGAUCUGCAGAGCAAGAAUUUGGCGUCCUUGAUACUAGUCGAUCCUUCUAGUAAAGCUCCAACUAAAGGGAUCCAGCUAAUGCCAAGGGCUCAAACUAAACAUCCUUUGGAUCCUUUAUCUGGUGCUGAAAUCUCUGUAGCCGUGGGAACAGUAAGGGCAGCUGGAGCCACCCCUGAGCUCAGAGAUAGCAUGCGGUUCAUUGAAGUGGUUUUACUUGAGCCAGAUAAAAAUGUGGUGGCACUGGCCGAUGCUUAUUUCUUUCCCCCUUUUCAGCCUUCAUUAUUGCCUAGGACAAAAGGAGGACCGGUAAUUCCUAGUAAACUCCCUCCAAGGAGAGCUAGAUUAGUAGUCUACAACAAAAGGUCCAACGAGACUAGCGUGUGGAUUGUUGAGCUGUCUGAAGUACAUGCUACAACUCGAGGGGGCCAUCAUAGGGGAAAAGUGAUUUCUUCCACAGUUGUCCCGGAUGUUCAGCCACCAAUGGAUGCUGCAGAAUAUGCUGAAUGUGAAGCUGUUGUCAAGGAUUAUCCUCCUUUUAUAGAAGCCAUGAAGAGGAGGGGCAUUGACGAUAUGGAUCUAGUAAUGGUUGAUCCUUGGUGUGUUGGUUACCAUAGUGAGGCUGAUGCCCCCAAGCGUAGGCUUGCGAAACCACUUAUCUUUUGCCGAACAGAGAGUGACUGCCCGCUGGAAAAUGGAUAUGCCCGGCCUGUUGAAGGGAUACAUGUACUAGUUGAUAUGCAAAACAUGGUAGUAAUUGAGUUUGAAGACCGUAAGCUAGUUCCCUUACCUCCAGCAGAUCCACUGAGAAACUAUACACCUGGUGAAACAAGAGGCGGUGUGGAUAGAAGUGAUGUGAAAUCUCUUCAAAUUGUUCAAUCUGAAGGUCCGAGUUAUCGGAUUAAAGGACAUUACGUAGAGUGGCAGAAGUGGAACUUCCGCAUUGGUUUCACUCCGAGGGAGGGUUUGGUCAUUCAUUCUGUUGCCUAUGUUGAUGGCAGUCGAGGUCGUAGACCUAUUGCUCAUAGGUUGAGUUUUGUGGAGAUGGUUGUGCCAUAUGGAGAUCCCAAUGAUCCACAUUACAGAAAGAAUGCAUUUGAUGCUGGGGAAGAUGGCCUCGGGAAGAAUGCUCAUUCUCUUAAGAAGGGUUGCGAUUGUCUGGGAUAUGUAAAGUACUUUGAUGCACAUUUCACAAAUUUCACUGGAGGAGUUGAAACUACCGAAAACUGUGUAUGCUUGCACGAAGAAGAUCAUGGGAUCUUAUGGAAGCAUCAAGACUGGAGAACUGGCCUUACAGAAGUUCGGAGAUCAAGGCGUCUGUCUGUUUCUUUUAUUUGCACAGUGGCCAAUUAUGAAUAUGGAUUCUACUGUACAUUGGUACAGGACGGGAAAAUCGAAGCUGAGGUUAAACUUACUGGAAUCCUUAGUUUAGGAGCACUUCAACCAGGAGAAUCUAGAAAAUAUGGCACAUCAAUUGCCCCAGGACUGUAUGCCCCAGUUCACCAACACUUUUUUGUUGCUCGUAUGGACAUGGCGGUUGACAGUAGACCUGGAGAAACACAUAAUCAGGUAGUUGAAGUGAACAUGAGAAUUGAAGAACCAGGGAAGGAUAAUCUUCACAACAAUGCAUUCUACGCUGAAGAGACUUUACUUAGAUCCGAAUUGGAAGCCAUGCGUGAUUGUGAUCCAUUAUCCGCCCGCCACUGGAUUAUUAGAAACACCAGAACCGUGAAUAGGAGCGGACAGCUAACAGGCUACAAGUUGGUGCCUGGUUCGAAUUGUUUGCCGUUUGCCGGCCCUGAGGCCAAAUUUUUAAGAAGAGGUGCAUUUUUGAAGCACAACUUAUGGGUUACGCCAUACGCACGUGGGGAGGACUUUCCUGGAGGAGAGUUUCCUAACCAGAAUCCGCGUGUUGGGGAAGGGUUGGCUUCUUGGGUCAAGCGAAAUCGGCCUCUCGAAGAAACUAAUAUUGUACUCUGGUAUGUUUUUGGAAUUACACACGUUCCUCGCUUGGAAGACUGGCCUGUUAUGCCGGUCGAACACAUUGGUUUUGUGCUUCAACCACAUGGAUUUUUCAACUGUUCGCCUGCAGUUGAUGUGCCGCCAAAUACUUGUGAUGCGGAUGCGAAAGAUAAUGACGUCAAGGAGAAUGACGUAUCUAAGCCUAUGUCAUCUGGUUUGAUAGCUAAACUCUGAAGAGGAUAUCGUGGAUUGUAGUUAUCACUUAUCAGUUCCAUUGUUCCAAUAAAAAUCUUGCCGUUGUAUUAUUGUAUUUCAGAAUUCAAAGUGAUUUUGUGUAGAGGCAAUGAUGAUAUUAAGCAAAUAAAUACUUAUUUAAAUGACUUAUAUCAAAUUCUUAUUUGAUAGCAGAACUGAUUUUCAAGAUUGACAGGGACAAGCUGUUUUUA